GCGCGCUUAUACUGCUUCACUUGAGAUAAGUGCCGAUGGCAAAUAAUGUUAUCAACACACCCUACCGGAAAGCUCGGUACCCAUUAUCGAUGGAUACGUUCCCGCGGUCCGACUAUCAAUUAUCAACGCAGUGUGAGCUGAACAAACGGACGGAAUACACCAGGUGAUGCGAAGGUAACCCGGAUUAGCACCCAGGGAACUAGAACAUUAGUGUGGACCGUACCUCUAACGGGUACCGUCUCAGAGCAAUUCGGUUGUUGCAAAGAAGGCACAAACAAGAUGGGCCAACGCGUUUCCCGGACGGAUUUCGAGUGGGUGUACGAUGACCAACCGCACACCUGGCGAAGGCAGGAAAUGGUGAAAAAGUAUCCCCAGAUCAAGAAACUAUUCGGACCGGAUCCAAAGUUUAAGUAUAUCGUGUCCGCCAUGGUGCUGACGCAAAUCGUGAUGCUGUACGUGAUGCAGAACCAAUCGUGGCCCAUGAUCGUGCUGGUGGCAUACUGCUUCGGUGGUGUUAUCAAUCACUCGCUAAUGCUGGCAAACCACGAGAUAUCGCACAACAUGGCGUUCGGGUACGCACGUCCACUUGCCAACCGGUACUUUGGGAUGUGGUGCAAUCUGCCCAUCGGUGUGCCGAUGUCAGUUUCGUUUAAAAAGUAUCACAACCUGCACCAUCGCCACUUGGCAGACGAUGAUCUCGAUCCGGAUGUGCCCACGCUGCUCGAAGCAAAACUGUUCUGUACCACCUUCGGCAAGUUCAUCUGGGUUUGCCUGCAGCCGUUCUUCUACGGAAUUCGACCCUUGUUCGUGAAUCCGUUACCGGUGACGAAGCUGGAAAUGAUCAACACAGCGGUACAGUUAACGUUUAACGCUCUGGUCGUGCUCGUGUUCGGAUGGCGCAUGAUGGCUUACUUGCUGAUCGGUUCGGUAUUGGCCAUGGGGUUGCAUCCGGUCGCCGGACACUUUAUUGCCGAGCAUUACAUGUUUGCGAAAGGGUUUGAAACGUACUCGUACUAUGGACCGCUCAACUGGAUCACGUUUAACGUCGGGUACCACAACGAACAUCAUGACUUUCCGGCCAUCCCGGGCAGCCGCUUGCCGGACCUAAAGAAGAUCGCACCCGAGUACUACGAGACGAUGCCGCAGCACACCUCCUGGGUGCGGGUACUGUACGAUUUUGUCACCGAUCCGGCGGUUGGGCCAUAUGCUAGAAUCAAGCGCAAAAGCCUGGACAAACCGAAAACGACAGCCACCAAAUCGAUUGGCCUAAUCAAUGACUCAUGGCAACCUGAUGUAGAGCAGAAGAAAAGAUAAGCCCGUAUCGCGUAACCCUUGCGUCUGCAAUCGGGGUACGUAAUACGUUUCCAAAAGAGACAAGUUUUGUAAUAAAAAUUCGACAGCAGAUAAAACCUGGUGAUAGAUAAUGAAGGUGAUAGAAGAAAACGCCUGCAAUCGUGAUGAUGUGUGAUCGUUUGUACUAAUACGGUAUGAAUACUAUUGCGAACACUACCGGAUGCAUGACGGUAGUGUAACGUGCGUAAAACGUAUUAUAUUGUGCAUUACUUACGUCCGAACAGCUGGUCGAUAUCACU